AUUCCUAUGGCAGCACAUGCUUGAGGCUCUAUCCCCAGGGUGAUAGAGAUGUCUGUCCAUAUCUAUCUCCAAGGUUAGUCUGUAAAUGUGUGGUGUUAGAAAAGCAGGCUGAGUUCUGGGCUGGUUGUAGAAGGAGAAAGAAGCCCAGAGGCCAGUGCAAGCAGGCAGCCCUGAGCUUGCACAUGAUGUCCCCUCCCUGCAGGUUCCUGUCCUUGAGCCCAGGCCCUGAGGUGAGGCUGAGAAGUGGCGCGGAGGUGAGCCCAGAGCUGUCCCUGAGGUGAGGCUGAGAAUAAGUGCAAGGCAGAGGUGCUGCUGAGGAAGGAGAGCCCUGUGGUGGGGAAGAGGGCAAAGCUGUGAAUGCCCUACCCCGAGAAGGUGCUGUGUCCAUCCCCUGUGUGCCAGGAUUUGUCCUUCCCAAAGCUUGGGCGGAUGGAGGAGGAGGCUGUGAGGAAGAGGAAGAUGCCUUGGGCCCCCCAGGCAGGCCCCGAGCUGAGGACGGAGAGCCCGGAGGACAAAUCCCCCCGUGAGACCCUGGUGGGAGAGGCCGUUUUGAAGGGCUCCCCGGCGCAGGAAGGCAGCGGGGAGGAAAAGGGCCGGAGAUCCCCCCACAGGAGGGGCUCCAAAGCCAUCCCAGGGUGCUCUGAGGAGGAAAGAGCCAGCCUGUGCCAGGAAGGUGGCCGGAGCUUGAGGCGGAGCUCUGACCUGGUGGUCCCUGAGCAGCCUCCCAGCAGGGAGAAGCCCUUCAGGUGUUUGGAAUGUGGGAAGAGCUUCAGGAAGAGCUCCCACCUCCUCGCCCACCAGCACAUCCACACUGGGGAACGUCCCUACAUGUGUGGGGAAUGUGGGAAGAGCUUCCGGAGCAACUCCAACCUGAUCCAACACCAGCAUAUCCACAGUGGGGAACAGCCCUACACGUGUGGGGAAUGCGGGAAGAGCUUCAACCAAAGCUCCAACCUGAUUCGACACCAGGCCAUCCACACUGGGGAAUGGCCCUACUCAUGUGGGGAAUGUGGGAAGAGCUUCAGUGACAGCUCCAGCCUCCGCAUCCACCAGCGCAUCCACACCGGGGAACGGCCCUACAAGUGCUUGGAAUGUGGGAAGAGGUUUCAGACCAGCUCAGUUCUCCUCAGGCAUGAGCGGACACACACGGAUGAGAGGCCCUUCCGCUGCACCGACUGUGGGAAGGGCUUCAACCGGAACUCCAACCUCGUCAGGCACCGACGCAUCCACACCAGGGAAAGGCCCUACAAGUGCUUGGAAUGUGGGAAGAGGUUUCAGACCAGCUCACAUCUCCUCCUGCAUGAGCGGACACACACGGAUGAGAGGCCCUUCCGCUGCACCGACUGCGGGAAGGGCUUCAAGCAGAACUCCCACCUCAUCACCCACCAGCGCAUCCACACCGGGGAGAGGCCCUACAAGUGUAGGGAGUGUGGGAAGAGCUUCACCCAGAGGUGUCACUUGACCUCACACCAACGGACCCACCAGUAA